UUCAGUGUUUUGGGCUGUGAGCACCUUCAGGUCUUCUGAAUCUGUGUUUUUGUCCACCAUGAUGCUGUGGUUGACCAUCCAGUUCCUCUUUGCCGGGUUGGUUCUGAGUGACGCCAGUCCAAUGCCUGAAGAUUGUUACCAGCUGGUCAAACCCCUGUCUCUAACGGACCACUCCAUGCUCAGUGGUACAUGGUAUUUCAUCGAAGGAUUCACUGAUCAUGAACCAUUCAAAUCCAGGCUGAAGGUGCUCGAAACGACCAGGGUCAAAAUGGUUCUAAAACCCAACAAUGCAGAUGUACUACAAGUCUUUGAAGAGGACAAAUUCAAUGGAAUCUGCUAUGGAGCAAAAUUCAGUGGACCCAUCAACGGUGAUAUUGUGACACUAACAUCAGGAACACACGAAAUGGUUUUCCAGCUGCUGCCGACCUGCAGUGACUGUAUGCUUGUCAACAGUAAUAUCACCUUCUUCCACUACCACCAGAUCGAGAAGAUGUUUGAUUUUCCAACAACCGUCGGAGAAGAUAAGUUCCACACCCACUCCUUUUACCUCAUGGCAAAAAAGGCGUCUGUGAAGGAGGAGGACCUGCAACAAUUCAGGAAGCAGGCGGCCUGUGUCGGCUUCUCUGGAGACCCAGACUAUCACUACGACCCCAGUAAAGAGUUCUGUGCUGAAGGUGAAGGCCGACAGAUGAUGUACUGAUCAUAAAGCCCCCAGGUGUCAUGAGAAAGUCAUUCUCCAAAAAUAAAAAUGACACAGUAAA